AAUGAAUGGCCGUACAGGUAAAUGAUUUUUGACCUUGCACCCCUCGAUCAACAAUAGACUAUCCCAGGUCAAAGCAGCUAUGAUUGCAAUGUUUUGAACACGAAAUUCUAAUAUUUGUUAUGAAUUAUGGUCAUUUUAAAGCAAAAUGGAUUAGAACAUGAUAUGCGACAGUUCAAUCAAUACACUAAAUUGAAUUUGGAGAUUUUUCAGUGAAGGAAUUCUCUUAUUUAUUUACCUGUUUUGGAUUUUACUGAAGGUGUGUAAAACUUUGUGUAACAGAGCCCCCAUAAUUAUCAAAGGUGUUUGUAUAUUUAAUUGACGGGAGCUUCAUCAAUCACAGUUGUUGUAAUUAUCGGAUUAAUGCUAAUUAAUAGUUUGAUCUAACGGGCACCUGCUGAGAUAAUUAGGUCGAGCAGUGUUUACAAACCUUUACGAUUGUGACACGAUAAUGUGAUUUUCAUUAGAAUCAGUGUAAAUUAAACCGUUAGAACAUCUACUGUCUCUCUCCAUUCAUCUACAACGUUCUCGCCAAGGUAUUCGGUAUAAUAUUGUUUUUAAAGUAGUAAAUAACGAAGAAACAAAUGUGGCUUGUUUACGAUUUAUGUUCCGUUCUAAAAGGUCUUCCCACGUGAAGCGCUUGUGGAAAAGUCGUCUCGUACAACAUGAAACCGAGAGUUCGGAUGAAAAUAAUACAGAAGAAUUAGAGAAAAAAUCAGUCACUCAAUCUAUACUGAAAAGAUUAAAAGAAAAACAAUUAGAAAUGUUGAUACAAAGUGUUGAGAGUAAAGGCGAGGAACACUCAGGGUGUGUGUUGUUACCCAAAGGAGAUUUACGGCUCGGGAGGAGGUGUGUAGAACCUCACAUACUGUGCCUUCAGAUCUGGCGGUGGUCGGACAUAUCAGAGAGUUCCGAACUUCGGAGAAUGCCGUUCUGUGAGACGGGUGACGAUGAUGUUUACGUGUGUUGUAACCCUUAUCAUUGGAGCCGAAAGUCAGAUGAAUCAGACUCACCAUUUCUAGGAAGGUCAGCUUUAGAACGGGUACAUAUUACAGAUUUUGGCCAAUCAGAAAUGGGAACAGAUGAAGUGGUUUCCACGGAAACAGGAAAUACUCCCACUCCUCAUCAGUUAAAUUAUUCAGAUGAUUCGAUGUCGUCUAACAAUGGUUGUGUACGAGGACCACAUUGGUGCACCGUGGCAUACUGGGAAUUACGACAGCGCGUUGGACGUUUGUAUAUGGUGUACGACCCUAAUGUUAAUAUAUUUCAAUCUCUACCUCAAGGGGACGGACUGUCCCUGGAAUUACUUCAGAAAGAGGCCGAAACUGAGUCAGUAAAACGAACUCGUGAUAAGAUAGGUAUAGGCGUUGUGUUGAGUCGUGAGGACGAUGGAGUUUGGCUUUAUAAUCGCUCACAAUUCCCUGUCUUUGUCAACUCGCCUACUCUAGAAAAUAUUCAUUCAAGAACGUUGCCUGUUUUAAAACUAUUACCAGGAUAUUCAAUCAAAAUAUUUGACUAUGAUAGUGUGCGGCUGUUAAAACAGUUAACAGACAAACGAUACCUGGACGGCCCUUUUGACCCGGCCUCCGUCAGGAUUAGUUUUGCCAAAGGCUGGGGGCCAAACUACCACAGACAGUUUAUAACUUCUUGUCCGGCUUGGCUGGAAGUUUUAAUGACUAUUGAUAGGUGAUAGUUCUAGAGGUCACAUGUACUUUUAACAUUCAAUGUAUAAAAUAACUUACACUUUCUUAUAGAGUUGGAAUUAUUUGAAAUUUUAGAGAAAGGGAAGGAACUCUUGUUGUUUUUGAAUGAUUAAAUUUUACUUGUUAUGUUUUUUGUUUGUUUUAAAAUCUUAAAUUUGAAUCUUGAUAUUUUUAUUGUUUGAUUUUAAAAAAGAAAAUAUUUGAAUUCUUUGUUAUACUAUAUCCUGUAUAGGAGAGUGUAAGUUAUUUUUAGAAUCUUCCAGGUUUAAGAGAAUUACAUGGUUAGUUCCAGAGAAAAUGUCUGUCUGUCAAGUCUUUACACCUAACCUGCUAAAUGUAAUUAGAAAUGGGUAUACUGUCACAUGAUUGUUUUAUUUUAUUUGUUAAGGGGGUUCACUAGGGGUUGUUUCCUUUGUUUUGGGGGUUCAAUCAGGGUUUAUAGGUAAAACAGAUAAAACAAUUUGACUGUAAACACACAUGCUUUUUUUUUAUUUUGGCCUUAGCUGU